AUGGGCGACGUCGCGGUAGAGAACCCGGCCAACACGGUCGCUCCCCACAGCAAGCCCAUCCCCUCCACCAUACCCAACGUCGAGGAUAUCGAGGGCCUGUCCGCCCAGGGCGGCGACGAGUAUGCCACACUGAAGAAGCUGCAACGGCAUCUCGAGUACAUCCAGCUGCAGGAGGAGUACAUCAAGGAUGAGCAGAGGAGCCUGAAGCGCGAGCUUGUCCGCGCUCAGGAGGAGAUCAAGCGCAUCCAGAGUGUACCCUUGGUCAUCGGCCAGUUCAUGGAGGCCAUCGACCAAAACACCGGAAUCGUACAGUCUAGCACGGGCUCCAACUAUGUUGUUCGCAUCCUCUCCACCCUCGACCGCGAGAAGCUGAAGCCUUCGUCCUCCGUCGCCCUCCACCGCCACUCGAAUGCCCUCGUCGACAUCCUGCCCCCGGAGGCCGACUCGUCCAUUGCCAUGCUGGGCGCCGACGAGAAGCCCGACGUCACCUACGCCGACGUUGGUGGUCUCGAUAUGCAGAAGCAGGAGAUCCGAGAGGCCGUCGAGCUGCCUCUGACGCACUUCGACCUCUACCGGCAGAUCGGUAUCGACCCUCCGCGUGGCGUCCUGCUCUACGGCCCCCCCGGAACCGGAAAGACCAUGCUGGUCAAGGCCGUCGCCAACUCCACCACGGCCAACUUCAUCCGUGUCGUCGGCUCCGAGUUUGUGCAGAAGUACCUGGGUGAGGGUCCCCGCAUGGUGCGAGACGUCUUCCGCAUGGCCCGCGAGAACUCGCCCGCCAUCAUCUUCAUCGACGAGAUCGACGCCAUCGCCACCAAGCGUUUCGACGCCCAGACCGGCGCCGACAGAGAGGUCCAGCGUAUCCUGCUCGAGCUGCUCAACCAGAUGGACGGUUUCGACCAGACCUCCAACGUCAAGGUCAUCAUGGCCACCAACCGUGCCGACACCCUCGACCCCGCUCUGCUGCGACCUGGCCGUCUGGACCGCAAGAUCGAGUUCCCCAGCCUGCGCGACCGCAGAGAAAGACGUCUUAUCUUCUCCACCAUCGCCAGCAAGAUGAGCCUGGCCCCCGAGGUCGACCUGGACAGCUUGAUCACGAGGAACGACCCCCUCAGCGGUGCCAUCAUUGCCGCCAUCAUGCAGGAGGCUGGUCUGCGCGCCGUGAGGAAAAAUCGGUACAACAUCAUCCAGUCCGAUCUGGAGGACGCAUAUUCCAGCCAGGUCAAGGGGACGAGUGACGACAACAAAUUUGACUUCUACAAAUAA